AUGUACGAGGUGGACGAGUCGCCGGACGACCGCAUCACUAGCGAGCGAUUCUUACGCUCCAGAAUGGUUCAAGUUCUCCCUCUUGUUCGCUAUGUUCCAGCACCAGAGGACGGGUCCACGGCUGCGCCCGAACUUCGGGAUUGGGAGAACUCAGAAUUUACUGAUUUUCCUCUGGAGGACCACAAUUCCAGGUGCUACAUAUGCUGGGAGGACUACCAGCCACCCCGGAGGAAGUCAACACUGAUCGCAUUUGCAUCAGAGCAGGAGACUCCCGAGCUGCUCAAGCAGUUUGCAUGCGGCCAUGCUUUCCAUAAACGGUGUGCAGAACAUUGGGCGCGUGAGAAUGAUACGUGUUUCUUGUGCCGGAGAAACCUUCGUCCGCCUGAGGGUACUCAGACGGAGGCGGAAUGGUCUGCAAUGUACAACCUCUUAGAUGAUCAGAAUGGGGUAGUCGAAAGAGCGGUACAAUUGCAACUACUGCAUACCUUCGAAUGGGGACGUGCCUAUCAAGCACGCUUCUCGGCGGACAGCAGAUACCUCGCAUUUGGAUGUGGCCCAAAUGGUGUAUGGAUAUUGGACAUCGCCACAACCUCAGUUCGCACUUUCGAAGAUGGAUCAGUCUCCUCCUCAUGCUUUGGCCCGAAUGGACAGAUACUUGCCACAGGACAUGCAGAUGGUCACAUAAAUAUUUGGAAGAGUGAUGCUGUGGAAUACACACUUGAUGGACAUACUGCAAUGACAUGGGCAUUUGAGGUCACAACUGAUGGACGGUUGCUUAUAUCAUUAUCAGAUGAUGACACCAUCUGGAUCUGGAAUACUACCAAUGGGAGUGCCAUUCAUAACAUAAAAUGCUCUGCCAGGCUGGGAUUUGUAUCUCUGGUGCCAGAUGGAUCCUUUAUAGCUCACGGGCAGGAAGGUGGCAAAAUUGAUCUAUGGAGCGUGAAGAAAGGCAGAAUUAUCAAGCAGUUUAAACUCCACAGUGAUAAGGUAUGGGACAUGGCCACAAUAUUAAGUGGGGCAGCAGCACAGAGUGAAGUUGAUGAGAACACACAAGAAGCAAGUCAAUCUGCUGUGCCUAGUAUUUGUCAUGAUAUGCCUCAUAAUGGUCUAUUUGUUGGGCACAAGUUUCCAAUCUGGCCAUUAGACAUAUCACAAGAUGGACAAUGGGCAGUAUCCGGUGAUGACCAGGGCAUGGUUCAUAUUUGGGAUGUGAAAACAACUGUAGUGCAGUGUGUUCUGCGGGGCCAUAAUAACACAGGAUUGGCAGCGGUAAAGAUCAGUCCAAACAACAAGCUGAUAGUCACUAGUGAUGACAGUGGCUGUGUUCAUAUAUGGAAAUUCACUACAGCAGAUUCAUCUGACAAGGAAGCACAACAAGUUCAAGCCACCUUGUUUGAACCACCGACAUCACCUGUCAAUGACUACAUAGCUUCUGUCACUGCGACAGUGCUUCCAGUCACAUCCUCCUCCACACAGUUGAGGGUCAGUCUAGACAAUGACCACCUUCUAGGACAUGAUGUGUCUGCCAUGUCAGAGCAGACCACACACUCAGUCCUUGAUGUCAAAUCUCCGAAGAAUUCUCGCUCCACAGCUAAUAGCCCACCACCAAAGUCUAUCAGGAGUAAAAUCUUUGCAAAAUUGCGGCAACUCCUCAUCCAAACCUUCUCACGCCGACACACAUCUCAGCAUCAAAAUGAACAUUGA